GUGUGUUUCAUUCUGAGGCGCUUGCUCCGAACGAUAAUCUCGCCGUGAGAGACGCGUCUUUCCGUCCGCUAUCAAAUUCAAAUAUUUAUAAUCGAAUAUUUUUAUUAAAAUAUAAACGCCCGCUUGUUUAUGCGUUUUAUGUGUUCUGUUCGCUGACAGUUUCUAAUAGGGCGUGAAGAUAAAAUAAAUUUUGUGAUCAUCAAUUUAAAUAUAAAAUUAGGCCGCAAAAUGAGCCCGAAUUCGAAAAUGAUCGUUGGUGCUCUCCUGCUCCUGGGCACCCUGACGCAUGUCCUGUCGGCUGCGACCACAGUACGACCUUACAAGUUCGGCUUCACCAUUGACGAGCAGCAACAUCGGGCCGAGAAGAGAGAUGAACGCGGCAUUAUCAUGGGCGAGUUUGGGUUCAUCACCGCCGAUGGUAUUUACCAUGUGACGGUCUAUGCCACCGAUGAGGACGGCAAGUUCCGCAUAAUCUCCAUGAAGAGCUAUCCCUAUGCAGGUCCAAUUGGUCCAAAAACCCUGCCUGUGACCACGACACCGAAGGCCCUGCCCCUUCCGGCUGCUCUGCCCAAGUACAACUUCAACACAGAGGCCUGUUCUGGAUGUUUCCUGAAGAAGUCCCCACCCAAGACAGAGAUUCGCACACUUUCCCAGCCAUUGGCACCAUCUCAACCAGGUAAGCCCGAGGGCUCAACGGAUUAUGGCCUCAAUGUGCAGUUGCCGUUCCAGGACUCCAUUGCCGAGACAGUGGCAAGGCGUCUUGGUCUGGUCCAUGAUACACAAGAAAGCACCAACACUUACACAAAUGCACCAAACACUAAACACAUCGAACUUGGUCUCAACUUAGCCAUGAACACUUACUACACAUCCAAGGCAGCUGUCACCGGACAUGUGAGCAGUCACCAAUCGAAUUCCCUAGCAUCGAGUGGCCAGACAAAGAUCGACUUCAAUGUGGGCGUGGUUGAGAAGACUGCCCCCGUUUAUCCCCCAUUGAACAUCAGGUUGGACGAGGAUGCCAUAAGGGAAGCCAUUACCUAUGCCGACCGGAUAAAAGGACCUCUGGCCUUGGCCAAUCAGCCACUUGUUGUCCCCGCCUCGGUGCCCGCCAGUCAAGUGAAAAUCUUUGCUGUUGAUGGUCAUGGCAGUGUUCCCCUUGCCAGUAAUAUACAAUCCGUAGCCCACAACCCAAGUGCUGGCAUUAGAAACACCCUUCGAUCGGGAGUUGCCUCUGCAAAAACAGUGGCGAAUUCGAAGGCACGACCUACACUUACACAGAACCCACACCAAACACUUCCUUUGAAUUCAGCUACCACUUCUGGAAUUUCUGGAGUUGCAGCUAAUUCGCCAACCGGAAGUGCACCCUCAAACAGUGGAAGAGCACCUGGUGGAAGCUUCUCUGGUGUACCACAAGCUGGAGGACCUGGAGGUUCUUUGGGAGGAGUAGGAGGCUCUGCAGGAAACAAGGCAUUCGGCGGCUCGGCUGGAGGAAGCUUAGCUGGAGGAAACUCAGCUGGAGGAAGCUCGGCUGGAGGAAGCUUGGCUGGAGGAAGCUCGGCUGGAGGAAGUUCGGCUGGUGGAAGCUCUCUCGGAUCUGGACUUAGAGGAGCCGCUGCUGGUGUAAGCAAAGCUUCAGGAUUUGGUGGUGGAGCUGUAGGCUCUGGAAGCGGAAGUGCUGCUGGCGCCUCUGGAGAUCUGUACAAAUUCAAGUACAUUUUGGACUACAAUGGACACGAGGAGACCGGCGGACGUAAUGGUGACAAAAAGGGCAGCUACUUCGCCAUCGGCGAAGAUGCAGUGCAGCGAACUAUCGAGUACAUUGCGAACGAGUUUGGAUUCCAACCGCACAUCAGCUGGCGGAAAUUGGACGCCAAGGAGGCGCUGCCCGAGGAGAAUUCGCUGAAGCACUACGAGUUCAAGUGGUUCAAUCAGGAGCAAUGAUCGGAGUUUCUUCAGCGGAUUAGUCCAAGUCUAGGGUAGUUAACUUUUUCCUUCCCUCCCCCAAUGCUGUACAUAACAAAAAUUGUUAAUUUUCGAGUAAAUACAACGUUUAACAAA